GUUACUGGAAUAUUAGCAGGGACCAGUAUUGUGUUCUUUGCAUUUAUCGGAUUUGACUCGAUUUCGACAAUUGCACAAGAAUCUAGAAAUCCGCAGAGAGAUUUACCAAUUGCGAUUAUGGGCAGUUUCGGUAUUGUCUCUGUAAUUUAUGUCGCCGUAUGCGUCGUGUUGACCGGUGUAGUAUCGUACAAGAAGCUUGACAGCCCUGCGCCGAUAUCUGUAGCAGUCAAUGAAACUGGAAUGAAAUGGUUGGGAGUGAUUGUGGAUCUCGGCGCAGUAUGUGGUCUGAUAUCUGUUAUUCUUGUAUCAUUGAUGGGACAACCGCGUAUUUUCUUGGCGAUGGCAAAUGAUGGGUUAUUCUUACCCGGCAUCGCUUCAAAAAUUCAUCCUCGAUUUGGUACACCAUAUCUAAUAACUAUAAUUGGUGGAGCAAUUUGUGCUACAGCAGCUGCGCUGUUUCAAAUUGAGAUACUUGCUGAGUUGACAUCGGUCGGUACGCUAUUGGCUUUCUUUUUAGUAAACAUAGGGGUAACAAUAUUAAGAUUUAAAGCCCCAAAUGCGCCUAGAAGAUUCAAAGUACCAGGUGGACCAUUUCUAAUUCCGAUUAUAGGUGCCGCGUUAACUUUAUUAAUAUUGGCAACAGCAUCGCCUGCAA